AUGUCAUUUAAAGCACAAACGUUCACGAAUAAAUCUAAUGGUGAAACAUUCACAAAAGGAACUUACAAUGGUAUAGAAGUCUUACGUAGAGAUAAGGAUGGAUACAUUAAUGCAACAAAGAUGGCAAGAGAAGCUGGAAAGUUAAAUCAUCUCAACAGAUUCCUCAAAAGUAUUAAGAUGGAGGUAAUAUUUGAGUUUUGGAUGAACGAAUACGGUGGAGCUGAAAGUGGCUCGACCGCAAAACAAGCAUUUUAUGAGCUUACAAAGGGUGUUAUGAAUGAAUUCAAAGGUAUUUACAUACAUCCUGACCUCGUUCAUUUUGUUGCUGAAUGGUGCUCGGUUGAGUAUGCAUGUUAUGUUAAAGAUAUUAUGGAUUCAAUAGAUAAUAAAGCUCAUGAAAUUUUAGAAGAUGAAAAACUGGAAGACACAACAGAAAAUGCAGAAAUUUUAUUUGAAGAAGAAGUUAGACAAAUUACUGAACCGCAGAAAGAGUAUGAACUAGACCAGUUGGAACAAGCUGAUUUAAUAAGAGAUUAUAAAGAAUAUGAACUCGCUAAGAUUGCAAUGGAAGCAGCAGAAAAGAAGUUAAAGGUAUGGGGGUCGUUAUGUACAAAAAUAUUAUGA